UUGAAAGCGUCGGUUCGUGGAUCAGCGAUCGUGGAUCGUGAGUUUUGGCCCGCCGUUCGCCAAGGUUAAUUAGCCAAGAUCCGAGAUUCGAGAUUUGAGAUUAAAGAUUUUAGAUCCGAGAUUCGAGAUUUUAGAUCCAAGAUCCGAGAUUCGAAAUCACCCAGCGAGAGAGAGCGAAGAUCACCGGCAACCUAGUGAUGUCGUUUUUUCGCAACAUACGCUCCUCCCUGUCCUCGUCGUCACGGGCCAAGAGUUCCCGCUCCUCGUCCCGCGACACCACGCCGGUCCGCUCCGGAUCCCGACCGGCCAGCGUGAUCAGUGGUGUGGGCUCCGUGGUGAAUGCCACCGGGCGCCGGGACUCCACCACCAGCUCAACAUUGCAGCGCGGCGACACCUUCAUUCUGCCCAAUUCCGAAGAGGAGGCGGGUCCGCCAUCGAACACCUCCACGCUGGAGAAGAAAUCGAAAAAGUCCAAGGUCUUUGGCAAGUUCAGCACCUUCACCAAGCGCAAGAAGACCCCAUCGCCGGAGGAGGUGGCCAGCUAUGAGCAUCAUCCGAGUGACACGGCCACCAAUACCUACUACAAGUGGCGCAGCGAUGGAGCGGAUCGUCUGCAGGACUACGAUGCCCAGGCGGAUCCCUUCAACUUCCUAUACGAACAGCACUCCAAUUUGAGGAAUCUGCAGUCGGGCGAUUCCAGUGGGAUCCAUCGACAGGCCAGCAUCGGUUCCAAUUCCAGUGGCAGCUUCGAUUCAUCCACCUAUCGCAAGAGCAAAACGCCCACGCAUUUGCGAGAGCAGCUGGAGCAGCUGAAGACCCACUCGAACGACGAUCUGCUGGAGGAUCAGCAGCGGGAGGAGGAUGAGCGGGAAAAGUACAAGACGGUGACGAUAAAUAGCUUCAGGAAAUCCUUUAGAGAUCGCCUGCUGCAGCAGCAGAAGGAGACGCCCCACAAUCCCGCCUGGUUUGUGGAAGUUCCCGCCGAAGCCUCCUCCGCGAAACCCCUGCAACGUCGCGAAUCCAAGGAGAAUCGUCCCGAUUUCCUGGUCUUCGACAAUGACAACUAUCGUCCCCAGUCGCGUUCUCCGCUGCGGGAUCGCCCCUCCCGCUCCGUCACCCGCUCGCCAGUGAAACGGAACGAAACCUUCCGGGUGACCCAGCCUUCGGUGCGCCACAUGUCACCCUCGCCGGCGCCCACACCUGCUCCUUCUAUACGGAUCGAGAUCAAGAACUCCAUAUCACCGCACUCCCCUGGAAGACUUGUGCCGGUGGGCGUGGCCAAGCCCAUGCCCACCACGGAGUACUAUGCCCAAAGACUGCUGGCCAACAGAAGUAGCUUAAGGAGUCCUAGUCCGAGUCAAAGUCAGAGUUCGAGGUGGUAUCGCCAGCAGAGUUCACCCACUAGGUUAAGUGUGGGUCACCAGCAGCAGAACCCGCAUCUUAACCUGCAGCAGAACACUCACUUUAAGCAGCAGCAGAACCAUCACUAUAAGCAGCAGCAGAGUCCUCACCUUAAUCUCCACCAGAACUCUCAUCUCCACCAGCAGCAGAGCUCCUAUCUCCAACAGCAGCAGCAGAACCCUAAUCUUCACCAGCAGCAGCAGAAGGGAGGUCGCACCCUGGUGCACAUAGGAUCGGAUCAGGGCAAGGUUGUAGCUCCACCAACCAGAGGAAGGGCGCCCACAAGGGUCCAGCUUUAUGGCAGUAAGCCCCAGAGUAGACCCCAGCCGACGACGUACUUUGGCGGGCACUAUAAUGCACCAGUUAAACCCAUUCCCCGGGCAUCCUCCACAGGAGGUCCCACUGUAUAUUUGGGGCGUCGCGAGGUUCCCAUGACACGUGGCACCACCAACAACAACAGCACCUCCGCCCACAUUGCCGCCCCCGUGCCACGUCGCAACCGAUCGCCGAUCAAAAUGCCCUGGCGGUAGGCGUUAACCGAAUAUAUAUAUAUUUGUAUACAUCAUAACGCCAAUGGAGAAUGGAGAAUCAAGAAUGAGUGGAGUGGCUUUCAUAUAUAGCAGUUAUUUCCAAAGUGACAAAGUCGAUGAUAUUGCGUCAUUAUCAGAGCUGGAAGCGCAGCUCGGUAAACGUUGUUUUUGCCCAUCGAUAAUGGGCAAAUAAAUGAUUUAUGUAUCCAUGAGUCGCCCAUAUAAUUCGUAUCGUGUGUUGUGAAUUUUUUCUACGUAAAAUUAUUGUUAAGUAAAUAAAAAAUAAACGACAACAGAUAAUGCAAAAUGUG